CAAAGGUCGGCGGUGUGUGCCAAAGUUCGGUCCGGCGAAGCAUAGCCUCAUUUCUGACCUAACGUUUGCUGACCCCUAUCGCUAACUGACAGGCGUGACAGGACAUGUACUGCACAUUUACUGCAUGUUAGACAACUCUUCUAGUAAACAAGCAUGAGUGUUAGACAGAACACUCGGGUGAAGCCAUGGUGCCCUGUAACCGUAGAACCCCUCCUCAUCGUGGGUUUCAUCGGGUUGGUAGCGUCGAGCCCCACCUACUAUCAGUACAUCUACAACUUCCUCGGAAACGGCACACUGCCGACUAACACCAACACCAGCAGCUGCGACAGCAACGUGAGCGAUCCAGCUUACCAGAGACAGCUCAAGACUCAAGCGGAGACGUCUCAAUGGCAACUGUACCUGACCCUGGCCCUGGCCAUCCCGGGCGCUUUGUCCACCAUCGCGCUGGGGACGCUGUCCGACACGUUUGGGCGGAAGGUGGCGCUGCUUGUGCCGCUCGUGGGCGGAUUGCUGAGUGCAGUAGCGGGAGCCGUGAUCAUCAACUUCUCGUUUCCACUGGAAGUCAUGAUCGCAGGGAACUUCGUGUACGGCUUGUCGGGAAGUUGGACUGCCUUGUUCGGCGGCUGCUUCGCCUACAUCGCUGACAUCACGGACCCGGGCAGGCAGCGGACCUUCCGCGUCGCCCUCCUUGAAAGCGGUGUCGGCAUUUCUUCGCUAGUCGGAGAAAUCGGGACCGGUUACUGGAUCCGCGGCGGGGGCAUUCCUCAAGGUUUCCAACAAGUCAGCUGGGGCAUCGUCGGCUGUAGCGUCUUCUGUUUGUUGUAUUUGUUCACUCUAAAAGAGACUAGACCGGCGGUGAAGAAAGACACUGUAAUAUCCUGUAGCCAUUUUCGCAGGUGUUUUAAUGCCUUCUACGAGAAACGUUACGAAGGUCGGAGAAGAAAGUUACUGCUUGGUACACUAGCGUAUCUCCUUGUGAUUGGUUGUGGAAGCGCUUCGAACAGCCUCAUCACGAUUUACGUCCUUGGGGCCCCGUUCUGCUUCACGUCCGAUCUGAUAGGACUGAUGAAGGCUGCCCUUGGGUCAACGUUCCUGUUCAGUCUUCUCGUCAUCCGUGUCUGCAACAGCUGUAUGUCCGAGUUUGCCAUGCUGAUAGUAGCCUUUGUCUCCCUCAUCGCUGGGCAGACUUUACUGGCGUUUGCUGGCGACUUUGGCAACCCGGAAAUAGCUGUCUUCAUGGUACCAGUUCUCAUGAUGCUUAGAGCUAUAAUCCCCCCAGUUAUGAAGGUCAUAUUGUCCAGGGACGUAUUGCCAAGUGAACAAGGUAUCAUAUUCGCCGUUCUCGCGAGCACGGACAGUGUGGGACAUGUCAUCUUCUCUCUCCUGUUCAACAACAUCUACUCCAGCACGGUCGGCUUCAUGCCGGGGUUUGUGUUUCUCCUGGCGGCCGGAAUCGCGGUGAUAGCGGCUGCUGUCAUUGGAAUCAUGCAGUAUUAUGAACCAAACAAAGACUACAAGCCCUUGUCUUUGCCAGAAGACCCAGACGACCCAGGAAAGAACGCUGUUAAUACUUAGAUCAAAGUAUCAGAACUAUUACGGUCACAUAUUUCUGGAAAUGUUUAUAAACUUGAUUAAAAAGUCUUGAGCUGAUGUUUUCCAAGACAAUGUAUAAUACCUUUACGAUAUGCAAAUUUUACAAUAUAAAACGGUUUGGACCGCGUAUAUAUUGUUGUACUCACAGUCUACCUCAGACGUUCUGUGCCAUAUAUCGUUCGUAUACUGUUGCUAUUUAAAUACUUUUGAAAAGGAUUUCUUUCAUUUUAUUGAUUGUUUUAUGUAAACUCCGAGAGUAUGAAUCGCGCACACUUUUUUUUUUGUUUACGGGAACAUUGAUUACGUAAUAGGUAUAUUUUCUUUUCCUUUUAAUUCGGGAGGAGUUUAUAUCGCUACCAAACACGGUCAUAUUCGUCAUUUAAAAAAAAUGAUGUUUUUAUGAGGCUCAGUAAGUUCAUAUCGGCGAUCUUUUCGAAGAAUAAGUCACAAAUAACAGAACAAUAUUCAAUACUUAAGUUCCCGCGUACUAUAUUUUUACAGAAGGUCUUCUUGUCUUUUCUGGUCGACUGGUAUACUGGUAUAUAGUACUAUAUUUCAUGGAAGUUAUUUUAAGUUGCUACAUAAUACACUUAGAUCGUUGUUUGGUUGGAUACAACUGUUUUCGGUAAAGCUGGGUGUAGGGAUAUGGCAGAUAUUUAUUGGUACAAUUGGUGCUUUAAAUACGUGGCCAAUGCUGCUUUGAAGGUUGAAUAAAAAACCACGAGGACGGCAAAGAUCUACCUAA